CCUAUUGUUUGCGACAAUAGCGGAAUUUUUCAAGUUUGCGAGUCACGCGUCAUUGAUUGAGAGCAUUGUUUCAAAUUGUAUAACUAACGAAAACUCGUAGAAGUGAGAAAGUUCAUUGACUUCCGACUGCCGACUUUCGGCACGCCACGCAUUAGCAGAGAAAGUCGAUCAUUGCUAAGUUACUAGACAACUGUUUUGACCUUGCGAGAAAAAAAUGUCUUUUUCAGCUCCCUGUCAACUGUGUACAAAGAAGUUUAAAACAGGUGUUUCACUGAAAAAACAUUUCGGAUUGAAACACCAGGAAAGGAAUCUCGAGAUCGCGCAAUUUUUGGACGAAUCAAACAGUCCAUGUGAACAGCCAAAAGCAGCAGCACUUAUUGACGAAGAAAUGGAAGAUUAUCUCAAAUGGCUUGGGGUUCUUGUGGAGCGAAUCAAUGGAUCACUGGUACCGGAUCACCCAGGAAAAUGGUGCCAUGUUGAUUGCCUUCAAGUGCCACAGAAGUACUUCGCUCAUUUACUCUGUCGUUUGGGAAACCCUAUGGUAGACAGCGUACGUGAUGCUCCCCAUAUCCGUCAGCCGAUUUUCAAGAGAAUAGCGCGGCGCUUUUCAUAUAAAAUUUUCAAUGAGGAAACCUUGAAGCUAGUGUUGGAGGAGCAAGACCUGCUGCAAUUUCGGCCAAAAGCCUUAUUCAGAAAUAGCGAUGAAGUGCCUGAUAUCUCCGAAAUGUCAGCAGAAGAAGCACUAGCUUAUGCAAAAGCGAGAGCCAGAAAGCAGGACUCAAGACCGACAAGCCGCUCGUACCUAGAUAUUGGUCCAGGUGAAGGACGCUGUACAAGGGAAUUAGAACUGAUAUGGUGGCCGAGUCUCUACUCACGUUGUUCAGAGUACGGCAAACUUACUUUUCGCUUUUUUGUGAGGAAGACUUCAUUAUAGUUACAUUCAUUUCAAUCUUUCAAAGGCUGAACAAGUAAGCGCAACGCAUUUGAAAGAGAUGUUGCGUUCGUUUUGCGUUUGAAUUUCUAAUUUCUUUAAUCAUCGUUGCGUGGUAUACAUAUAGGGACUCUUAAGAUCCAUCGCUUCGUUACAAGGGUAUACUGUACACUGUUACAUGCCGUUGUUAUUUACUAUUAACGUUCCUAGAGCAAGGACGCAUAGACGUUUAUGAUCAAUAAAUAUUUAAUAAUUGUAUUUUUUUUAGAGGAAG